CGAUCAAACACGUGCAAGAUGACGGGAUCGUGUGGUGUGGCUCAUAAUCUGCGCUCGGUGAAAUGCGUCCAGGUGUGCCGUGUGGUUGCUGAGUAUUUGGACUGGAGGCGGGCUGGUCGCGGCUUCAAGGAUUACCAUCACAUUCGUUACAGCUAUGAAGACGUUCCUUUGGAUAAGCACGCUGCUGGCGGUUGCUUCGGCGCUGCCUAGUGGCCUCACCGGCAGGCAGGUGAAUGAGACCGCGCCCCCUGCGAGUAUUCGCGUCCGCCUCAAUCCAGCGAAGAUUCGCGACACGGGCGAUACGGAUUACACAACGUGGACUGUCGCCGAAGGCGCGUCGGCUCAAUUGAAGUCCAACAACACGGGUCUGUCGUUUACGCUGUCUGCUGCGAGUGGCAAGCUCAAUGGCAACUGGAACAAGGCCGUCUACUCCAAGAUCAUCACCUCGCUGGGCGAACGGGUCGUAGGCGAGGGCAUCUCGACGGCAGCUGACAACGGAGACAACGCCGGCGCCGCGAUCAAGUUGAGCAUCUCUGGACUAUCGGCUGGUGAACACUCAAUCCUGGCAUGGCACAAUGCUUGGGACGCUCUGAAGGCCACGGCCUCUCUCGCGGUGACCGUAGAUGGGAAAGAGGUGGCGACAGGCGUCAAGCAAUCCAUCCGCAUCGACAACAUCUGGGAGUCCGCUGCGUCGUAUGUGAAGUUCACUGCAACCCAGGGUCAGGCAGUUGAGAUUGUAUACACGCCCGACACCGCAGGCGACGGCCGAGCCUUCCUGAACGGAUUCGAAAUUGACAACGCGUCUCUGGAGAAUCAAAUCAGCUUUCCCACGCCGGUGCAUCGCGACGAGCGAGUCGUCCCGCUCGAAAACACCACCGAUAUCUCUGCGUCUUGGAGGGCUGCUAAAGCCCCCGGAGCCACGUACAACGUCUACCUUGGCACUUCGCUUUCUGAAUUGGAGAGUGUUGCGACGGGCCUCACCGAGCCGAGCACAACACUGAACGACGUCAACACUCAGGCAACAUACUUCUGGCGUAUCGAUGUCGUGACUGGUAACGGUACCUACACUGGGCGUGUCUUCACAUUCCGUGCGGCCCAGCUCGCAUUCCCAGGUGCCGAAGGAUACGGGCGGUUUGCGCGUGGUGGAAGAGGUGGCAAGGUCAUCCACGUCACAACUCUUGAGGACAGCUUAGAGGUCGGCACCCUUCGCCACGCCUUGACCGUAGCCACUGGUCCACGUAUCAUCGUGUUUGAUGUCGGAGGUGUCAUCACGACGAAGUCGCGCAUCUCGGUCAGCGGCCAGUAUGUCACCCUCGCUGGACAGACGGCGCCUGGUAAGGGCGUAGUCAUCCAGGGCUUUCCGCUGGGCCUCACCGGCGCGACGGACAUGAUCCUGCGUCAUGUCCGCGUACGUCCUGGUAAAAUCAGUAAUCAGACGAUUGACGGUAUGGGCAUGCAGGGCUCCAACCACGCCAUCUUCGACAGAUGCAGCAUGGGGUGGACCAUCGACGAGGCCUUCUCAUCCCGCGACGCGAAGAACAUCACCUUCCAACGCAACAUGAUCAGCGAGCCCCUCAACAUUGCCGGCCACAAGAACUAUCCCGCAGGCACCGCUCACGGCUACGCCGCCUCGAUCGGUGGAGACGUCGGCUCUUUCCACCACAACCUGAUCGCCCACGCCGAGGGCCGCAGUUGGAGCAUGGCUGGCGGUGUCGACAGCAACGCAGCCUUCGCCGGCAAACUCGACAUCCGCAACAACGUCGUCUACAACUUCGGCGGCCGCGUGACUGACGGUGGCGCCCACCAGGGCCAGUUCGUAUCCAACCUGUACAAGCGCGGCCCGGCGUCAAAACUCACCUACGCCCUGCGUGCCCAGUACGAAGACGACAUGCCCGGCUCACAAUCGUACUACUGCGCCGGCAACGCCAUGCCCGGCGUCUUCACCGCAGACAGCGUGCAAUACGUCAACGACGGCACCGGCCAGAAGACCAACAUCGCGUGCUACGCCGAUGUCACCAUCACAAACGUCACAUACCAGAAGUUUGUUGCCGAGCCGUUCUUCGAGAGCUUCGUAGACACUCAGGACGCGAACGACGCGUACAAGCGCGUCCUCAGCGACAGCGGCGUCUCGCAGCCCGUCCAGGAUAUUCAUGAUAAACGUAUCGUAAACGAAACCCUCACGGGGACCACAACGUACACGGGCAGCGUGGGCGGCAAGAAGGGCAUCAUCGACAAUCCCAGUGAUGUCGGCGGCCUGGAGGACUUCCCCGCUGCAACGCGGAGCGCCUCGUGGGACGCCAACGGCGAUGGAGUGGCGGACUGGUGGGAUGGCUCGACUGGAGGCGAGGGAUGGGAUGUGAUCGAGGGGUACCUCAAUUUCAUGGCUGACCCGCAUGCGUUCGUCACACCUUCCUCGUCUGUCGAGAUCGAUCUUGGCGCGCUGGCAAGGGGGUUUGUCGAGCCUACAUUCACUGUCGAGGGUGCUACGUUGGGCUCGGUCGUGGUCGUAGGGUCGAAGGCGACGUACACUUCCAAGGCAGCUGGUAUUGAGCGGUUGACUGUCAGCAUCGAGGACAGUGAAGGGAGCAAGUGGGCGAGAACGUUUGGUGUCGCCAUUUUCGAGGGAGCAGAUGACGUCGAGUAAUCGUCUGUUACCAGCUUUACCUUUUUUCUUCUUUUUAUAUAA